GCCGCUGCUUCAGCACCAGCUCUCGGACAGCGGCGCCGCCCACGGGCAUGGACGGUGGCAGCAGCCGCAGCAGCUGCAGUAGUCGGUCUCCCAGCCCGUGUCCGAAAGAGGAGCAGAGGCCCGAAGGGGAUUCCGUAUCCCCGAACGGCAGCUCCUCGGACAGGUCCCAGACCAAGGCCAUGGCGCCUGAGGCUAGCCCAGAGAGGAGCUGCUCCCUCCACAGCUGUCCCCUUGAGGACCCCUCCAGCUCUUCUGGACCCCCACCACCAACUUCCACUCUUCAGGCUCUAGACCCGACGGGUGCCUUAGCCCCUGGUCAUUUUACCUAUUCGCGGCAACCGCAAGAAUAUCAAGAAGGCAGUUCUCUAUUAGGGACUGGAGACCAGGCAGCUUUAUGCUCGCAUAGCUCCAACAUCAAUACUUCUCCAAUCUCCUCACAGCGUGAUGGGGUCUGGAAGCCACCUUCUGUGCAACAGCAUGUGGUCAGCGUCAGGCAGGAACGGACCUUCCGGAUGCCAAAGAGCUAUUCCCAGCUGAUUGCUGAGUGGCCAGUGGCCGUGCUGCUGGUGUGUUUAGCUGUCAUCCUCCUCUGCACCCUGGCUGGACUACUGGGAAGCCAGCUGCCUGACUUCUCGAACCCUUUACUGGGCUUUGAGCCUCGGGAUACAGACGUCGGGCGAAAGCUAGAGGUGUGGAAAGCACUGCAGGCCCUCACAGGCCCCAGGAACCUACUUACCCUUUCCCCAGACCUUGAUCUGAACAGCUUGAACUCCCACAGCACUUUGAAUCCUGUACACUGGGAUAAGGCUCAGGAGAGUGUGGUCCGGGCCCGGAGAAUGGUGGAGCCCCCUGAGGACAGAGGGCAGGAGAACUUCUUCUGUGGCCCCCCUGAGAAGAGCCACGCAAAGCUGGUGUUCAUGUCCACCACAGUGGGCAGUCUAUGGAACCUGCAUGCCAUCCAUUCUAUGUGUCGCAUGGAACAGGAGCAGAUCCGCUCCCAUCCCAGCUUUGGGGCUCUAUGUCAGCGUACAGCAACCAACCAGUGCUGUCCCAGCUGGUCACUGGGCAACUAUCUUGCUAUGCUCUCCAACCGCUCCUCCUGCCUGGACACUACCCAAGCUGAUGCAGCACGCAUACUGGCCCUGCUGCGGGCCUGUGCCCCCUAUUACCAUCGUGGUAUCCUGGAGCCCUCUUGUCUGGGACCUGAGCAUGACAAAUCCCCACACUGUGCCCAGAUUCCCACCAAGUGCUCCCAGAGCAGUGCCAUUUACCAGCUCCUUCACUUUCUGCUAGAUAGGGAUUUUCUGAGUCCCCAGACUGCUGACUACCAGGUUCCCUCCCUCAAGUAUAGCCUGCUCUUCCUGCCCAUCCUAAAGGGUGCCUCCAUGAUGGACAUUUACCUAGAUGGCCUAGUCAACCCCAUGGAUAUCUCUGACAACUAUACCUCCAUUACUGGCAUGGACCUGGGCAUCAAGCAGGAGCUGCUGAAGCACUAUCUGGCUGUGGAUACGGUGUACCCCUUGCUGGCCCUGGUUGCCAUCUUCUUCAGCAUUGCCCUCUACCUGCGCUCACUCUUCAUCACGCUCAUGGUUACGCUGGGGGUGCUGGGCUCCCUACUGGUGGCCUUCUUUCUAUACCAUGUGGCCUUCCGCAUGGCCUACUUCCCUUUUGUCAAUCUGGCAGCCCUCAUCCUGCUUAGCGGUGUCUGCGUCAACCACACACUCAUCUUCUUCGACCUAUGGCGCCUCAGCAAAAGCCAGGUGCCCUCUGGGGGUCUGGCGCAGCGAGUGGGCCGCACGAUGCACCACUUCGGCUACCUGCUGCUGGUCUCGGGCCUCACCACCAGCGCGGCUUUCUACGGCAGCUACCUGAGCCGCUUGCCGGCGGUGCGCUGCUUCGCCCUCUUCAUGGGCACCGCUGUGCUAGUGCACAUGGCGCUCACACUGGUCUGGCUGCCUGCCUCUGCGGUACUCCAUGAGCGCUACCUGGCGCGCGGCUGUGUGCCCCGGGCACAAGGCCCGAGGGGCAGUAGUGACCCCUGGCGGCUGUUGCUAGCGUUGCACCGGCGGUUCCGUGGCUUUCGGAGGGCCAUUGCCAUCCUCUCGCGCCUGCUCUUUCAGCGUCUGCUGCCCUGUGGCGUCAUCAAGUUCCGCUACAUCUGGAUCUGCUGGUUCGCGGCGCUGGCUGCAGGGGGCGCCUACAUUGGCGGCGUAAGUCCCCGCCUGCAGCUCCCCAUUCUGCUGCCAGCUGGCGGUCAGGUGUUCAGGCCUAGUCACCCCUUCGAGCGCUUUGACGCAGAGUAUCAGCAGCAGUUUCUGUUUGAACACCUGCCUCCGGAAGAGGGCGGACAAUUGCCCGUGGUUUUGGUGUGGGGAAUCCUGCCGGUGGACACUAGCGACCCCUUGGACCCUCGCAGCAACAGCUCAUUAGUGACCGACCCUGACUUCUCAGCCAGCAGCCCAGAAGCCCAGCGCUGGCUUCUGGCACUCUGUCACCGAGUCCGCAACCAGAGCUUCUUUGGUAUCCAGCCAGAGGGCUGGCCCACGCUGUGUUUCAUGGAGGCCCUCCAGCACUGGGUAGAGAGCCCAGCUUGUGCCCGUCUAGGGCCUAAUGUCUGCUGUGGCCAGUCAGACUUUCCCUGGGCCCCUCAGCUUUUCUUGCACUGCCUCAAGUUGAUGGCUCAGGAGCAAAGCCCCGAUGGCACCCGUGACCUGGGACUCCGUUUUGAUGCCCAUGGCAACCUGGCUGCCCUGGUCCUGCAGUUCCAGAGCAACUUCCCGUACAGUCCAGACUACAACCAGGUCCACCACUUCUACACUGAGAUCAGCCGCUGGCUGGCAGCAGAGCUGGGCAGGGCACCUUCUGGCCUCCACCGUGCUUGGUUCACCAGCCACCUAGAGCUGUACAGCCUGCAGCACAGUCUGAGCACUGAGCCUGCUGUAGUGCUGGGCCUGGCUCUGGCACUGGCCUUUGCCACACUGUUGCUGGGCACCUGGAAUGUUCCACUCAGCCUGUUCUCCGUGGCAGCUGUGGCAGGCACUGUUCUACUCACGGUAGGACUUCUGGUUCUACUUGAGUGGCAGCUCAACACUGCUGAGUCCCUCUUUCUCUCUGCCUCUGUGGGUCUCUCAGUAGACUUCACUAUCAACUAUUGCAUCUCCUAUCACCUGUGCCCACACCCUGACCGCUUGAGCCGCGUGGCCUUCUCGCUGCGCCAGACCAGCCGUGCCACAGCAGUGGGAACUGCAGCCCUGUUUGCAUCUGGCGUGCUCAUGCUACCUGCCACAGUGCUGCUCUAUCGCAAGCUGGGCAUCAUCAUCAUGAUGGUCAAGUUCGUCAGCUGUGGCUUUGCCAGCUUCUUCUUCCAAUCUCUGUGCUGUUUCUUUGGGCCAGAGAAGAACUGUGGACAGAUCCUCUGGCCCUGUGCCCACCUGCCAUGGGACGCUGGAAGUGGGGACCCUGAUGAGGAAAAGACACGACCAUUAGGAGGUAUGCCUGGAUCCUGCUCUGAGCAUUAUGAGCUUCAACCCCUGGCACGGCGCCGGAGCCCCAGCUUUGACACUAGCACAGCCACCAGCAAGCUAUCCCACCGGCCCUCGGUACUCUCAGAGGAUCUGCAGCUUCAUGACGGCAACUGCUGCUCUGGAAUUCCACUAGACCCUGGCUCUCCGAGGGAUCUGCUGCUGGACCACCAGGCAGUCUUCAGUCAGUGCCCAGCCCUGCAGACCUCCUCCCCCUAUAAACAAGCUGGCUCCAGCCCCAAAAUUGGGGCCAGGCAGGAUUCCCAAGGGCAGAAGGUUGAGCCCCUGCAGGCCUCACUGGAAACCCCAGCUCACUCCCCAAGGCUCAAGGCUGAAGAUCUUCCUGAUGGCUUUUGCUCCUCAACCAGCACCCUAGAGGGGCUAAGCGUCUCAGAUGACACCUGCCUAAGCACCUCUGAGCCCAGUGCCCGUGUACCAGAUUCCAUGGGUGUCUCUCCAGAAGACCUAGAUGACAUUGACCAGCCAAUACUUGAGCGGGGCCAGCUGAAUGGGAAGCGUGACACUCUGUGGCUGGCACUGAAGGAGACGGUGUAUGAUCCAUCACUGCCCAACUCCUACCAGAGCAGCUCCUCCUGGAAGGGCCGCGGUGGGCCAGGGGAUGGCAGCCCUGUGAUGCUGCCCAACAGCCAGCCAGAUCUGCCAGAUGUUUGGCUCCGCAGGCCCAGUACCCACACUUCAGGCUACAGCAGCUAA